CGCACCCCGCACGAGACCCGUCCUUGAGGGGCACGUCCUAGAUCGGUGGCGCCUGCCUCUCGCCGCCGAUACGGUGCCUCUCGCGGUCUCGCUCCCCCUCGCAGGUCUUUUGGUUUUUUUAGUUCCUCCCUUUGCUUCUUGGAGGUGUUUGUUGCCGUCUCACCCGCAGUUCUUGAGGUACGCACGCAGUAAUCCGGCUUCUUUCUAUGUUCCGAUGUCUUGCUGGUUGGAUGAGGAGGGUACGACGCUCUGUGGAGAGAUCUAAUCGCGCUGGUAAACUGGGGCGAUCGGUGUGGGGGAAUCGGAUAGCGUGGAUGGGAUUUGGGAUUGGAAGAGAAGCUGGAGGAUGCCUUUUUUCCCCUGUCCCCAAGCUUUCUGUGGAUGACGGUGAUAAUCGUGGACGAGCUAAGCUCAUUGAGUGUCUGGCUGAUGUGGGAUUGGGUGGCAUAUGCUGGAUUGCUAACUGUUCCAUCUGGUGCACCAAGAAUUGGACUGCACUGGGGUUGGGAUUGGGAUUGGGAUGGGAUUGCUUUGCCUUUGAUUGUGUAUAUGCUUAUUAUGUGCUCAUCCGCUGUGGCUUUGGCCGGAACUUUGCAGACAUGCAGAGCCAGAUAGUGUGCCACGGGUGCAGGACCCUUCUGUUCUACCCAAGAGGUGCUCCGAGCGUGUGUUGUGCGGUAUGCCAUGUGGUCACCAAUGUGCCGCCUCCAGCAAUGGAGAUGGCUCGACUUAUAUGUGGUGGCUGCCAGACAUUAUUGAUGUAUGCUCGCAGUGCAACAACUGUAAGAUGCUCAUGUUGUGACACAGUCAAUCUUGUCAGACCAGUGAGUAGCAUAGCUCAUGUGAACUGUGGCCAGUGCCAAACAGUGUUGAUGUAUCCAUACGGAGCACCGUCUGUCAAAUGUGCUGUUUGCAACUUCAUUACAAAUGUUGGCGGGGUGACUCCCAUGAUACCUUUGCCACCACCAGCACUAACUGCAUCAAGUGGAACUUCAUAUAUCAUCCCGUCAAUUUCCGUGCCGACGAAUCAACCGCGGAAUGUAACUGUUGUCGUUGAAAACCCAAUGACAGUAGAUGACAAGGGAAAAUUGGUGAGCAAUGUUGUAGUAGGGGUUACGAGCGGCGGGAAAAAGUGACGGCAUAUCACAACCCGUAUAGCUUUGUCCAAACUAUCUAAAAAGGGUUUAAGAAUACAUACCUUGUAUCAUACUGCUGUUUGGCGAUCGGCUGCUCGACGGAGGAAUCCCCCUCCCUGGAGAGCGUAGUGGCAAGGCAGCGCUGCUUUCGCCACUGCGAUCGUGCUAGAACGAGCCAAAAAAAAAAACGAAGUGCGGGUGUGCAUACUCAGAGUAUAUCUGUAGCUUGUUACCCCUUGAUUCUUUUGUAUGUAAUAUGGGCUCUGCCUGACUUUCACUGUGUGAUCAAAUUUCCAAGCCCGUGGGCGCUGUUGCUGCGUGCCUUGUUAUUAGUGAAUAACAAACAUUGCAAAUGGCUCUUGAAAUACAGUGUGUGUGUGUUUUAAUCUCUCUGCAUUUAUGUUAAUCAGCAGGUGCCACCAUUUGCUGUUCCAGACUGAUAAUGCAGAGUUUGUAUCCACGUUCUUUGGAGAAAACAUUUGAGGCUCAU